AGGUUGUAACCAAAUUUAAUGAUGUUUCUUGUUCGUUGAUGUAUGAUGUCCUCCAUGAUGGAGACUACAGAAGAUGCUGGGAUGAAAACAUGUUUGAUUGCUACGAAAUUUGCCAGCUAGACAGAUGUAAUGAUAUAGGAUAUUAUUCCAGUAAGUUGACCUUUAUUACUUUAAGUCAGCUCUGGUGCAACGUCCCCCUUACAAGGGGCAACAUAGGGGCAGUUUUUGCAGCGAUGACUAUGACCACAUCAACAGUGUCAAAAAAGCAAAAGGUUUAAUGAGCAAUAGUCAGUAACUUUGCACAUGUUUCACACUUUUUGUACAUUUCUCUGUCAUCUCUGCAUCAUCUCUGUGCAGACGAUUACAGAGUUACGCUCUUUUAUGUGAAGUAAUUAUGGAGGACUCAAGUUUAUAAACUUAGGCAAAUUUUCCUUUCUGUUGUUCUUAAACUUAGAUAUUGUACGUUGUAGUCCAGUUGAUGUAUGACAGUUUAAUUCAAGGAACAUUCACCAACCUUGAAGAAAUUAAGCAGGCUUGAGCUAUUGUGAUAAAGUUUGCAGAUCAAAAAUGCACUUGAUGUCAAGCAGCCUUAUUUCUCAAACAUUAGCUUGUAAAUGAGCAUAAUUUGAUUAGUGAUGUCUUUGUGUAGUGGUGUGUUGUGUUUAAUUUAAUCAUUAUGAUGCUUUUUUAUAUACCAGUCAAGUGUCCAAAACCAAUGAAAAACAGAGAUUUUGUGACCCAGAGGUCAUGGUCUUGGAAAGAUGACAACUUCAUUAUCUUUAACCAUUCCGUGCAUCACAAGGUAUGAAAGAAACAAAUUUAGAUAACAUACUGUGCUAGUUAAAAAAUGUAGUAGUAUUAGGAUAUUUGAGGGAAAGGUUGAUCUUUGUAAACGUAAUGGUCCUCAUUCAAUGUUUGUAACUUGUACCAGUACUCAUUAGAAUGACAAACCUGAGGCCGCUCCCCCCCCCUCUUCUUUAUCAGGGCUCCAUUUUACAGAUAUUUAAAGCAACUUAAGGCUACAUGGUAAAUAUAGAAGACGACACAAGGAUUUUGAGGUCACAUGAGGGAAUCAAUUUAACUCAGAACCUCCUGCACAAGGCCACGCACAAACCAGUUUUGGUUAUCCUUAUCUCAUCUAGGUGGAGAUGAAAUGUAAAUUAAUUUGGCCAUUGUAGACUUGCAGUAAUCUUCACAAUAAAUUGAGGCCAAAAAUGUAACCAAUGGAAUAGCCUGUGAGCAAGCUCUCCGUGGCACUCUGUCGGUGGGGCAGGAAAAGGAAGGAAAGCUUUCAACUACACCUCUAGAAUUUGAAUUCCACCUCCAAUUCCCUUGUGGCUCCCUGUGGACUGGGCUGUCAGAUUUCUGCCAAUCAGCACAAAGUGGAAAUGAGUGCGAAUGUAAGCAAACAUUGAGAAACACUUGCCAGGGGUAAUGACGUCAUUAUUAAUGUCAUCUCCGUCAAUCAGCAUAUUUUCGCAUUGACUUUUUUGAUGCAGAUAUUCAAAUUCCAGAGAUGUAGUUUCAAGCUCUCCUUCCUUUUCCCACUCUGCCCCUAGAGUGCCCCGGAGAGCUUGCUCACAGGCUACCCAUGAGAAUGCAAGAUACACGUACUGAUUUCCUUAUUUGAUGUCUUGAAAAAUGGAUGGCGAAGUCCAGCAGUCCUCCAAUUGCCUGCAGUCAAUGUAAAACAAACAAUAGAGAGGAGAAGUGUGACGUCACAUUACCAUGGUAGCACUAUUUUUGGAUGACAAAGUAACAAUCAAAACCAACGGCGACGGCAAGGAGAACGGCAAAAAAUAAUAUGUUCAUAUUAACAAACAACAACUUUGCAUGUGCAUUACACUAUUUUGUACAUUUCUUUGCACCACUACGAUGUGAAACUUCCUAAUUUCAUGAGCCCGCUUUAUGGAGUAGGUGAACACAACACAAAAAUUGUCGCGUCUUUUUUUAAACUUUUUAAACUUAGACAACGAUAGAUAUGGUCCCAAAGAAAAUUUCGCCAAGAUUUGCCAAAUUAAAUGAAAUUGAAUAAGAUUGGUGAAGUUUGAAGUAGUGCAAAUAGACUUUUAAGUGACUUUAUGGGUUUGUUGUCAUCCCAGCAUUUUGCUACCAUGGCAACAUGACGUAAUGACUUCUCCUCUCCAUUUCAUUCCACAUCUCAGAGAAUAUAUGGGAAUUAGCCAAUCAGCUGUUUACUUCUAAUCAGAAGAAACUAGCCUCAUUAGUCAAUGUUAUGCUAUUGUUUGCACAGUAGUAUAGUUACAUAUUGUCAAAAAGUAGGCUCUCCUUGCUGAGUACGUAAUAGGUAAUAUGGGGGACGAAAAUAAUGUAGAGAAAUAAUGGCAAAGAGAACACACAAUUAUGCUGCCAUUUGCCCCAACUUAGAACGCACAACGUGAGCCUGAUAAAAUUAUUAUAACUACAGUCGAAGCUCUGGUAAGGGACACCUCGGAAAUUUGAAAAAGUGGUCAUAACUAGAGCUGGUGACUUAUGAGAAUGAGCUCUCAUAAGUGACUGCAUGGUAAAACGAGAGAGUGGUCGCUUACAAGAGCUUGAGAAACUGAUUUAUAAUUCACAAAGAAAAAACAAAAGAAAUAAAUAUUUAAUGAGUGUCUUUAUAUCUGAACUAUAUUGAACUUUAACAAAUACAUGUACAAUUCUGCACUGUACAAGAUGUUAAUUAACACAAUGUGUAGUGCAAUUUGCAGCUUCAUGAAAGUGUUGAUUCAUAUGAAUAAGACUGGGUGGUUGCUUACGAGAGCUUAAAAUUAAAGGAAAAGUUCAAUUGGGUAAUCCCAAAAGUGGUCGUGGUCGCUUACCGCUGCAGUUGCUUACAAGAGCUUUUCAUUAUGAAGUUUAAUUUAGAGUUCAAAUGGGGUUUCACAAAGGUGGCUGUAACUAGAGCUGAUCACUUACAAGAAAAAUGCAGCUCUUUUCUUUUUAAAUUGUUUGGGCUAGUUUUGUCAUUAGUGUCAGCAAUUUCAGUGAUUUUUGUUUUUGUUACAGAGCGCACCAUUACAGAAAGGUUUUAUUCGUGGUUCAUCAAUUCUUAGUGGUUAUUAUGUCCAAAAAAAGGGUGAAGGAUUGUCUCUUACUUAUGUAUCUCAAGUGGAUUUAAAAGGUAAUGCAGCUUUAAUAUUGUUCAAGAUUGCUCUUAUUUUUCUUUACCUUCACCUUGGCAUAUCGUCCCUUAAUGNAAUGUAGAGAAAUAAUGGCAAAGAGAACACACAAUUAUGCUGCCAUUUGCCCCAACUUAGAACGCACAACGUGAGCCUGAUAAAAUUAUUAUAACUACAGUCGAAGCUCUGGUAAGGGACACCUCGGAAAUUUGAAAAAGUGGUCAUAACUAGAGCUGGUGGCUUAUGAGAAUGAGCUCUCAUAAGUGACUGCAUGGUAAAACGAGAGAGUGGUCGCUUACAAGAGCUUGAGAAACUGAUUUAUAAUUCACAAAGAAAAAACAAAAGAAAUAAAUAUUUAAUGAGUGUCUUUAUAUCUGAACUAUAUUGAACUUAAACAAAUACAUGUACAAUUCUGCACUGUACAAGAUCUUAAUUAACACAAUGUGUAGUGCAAUUUGCAGCUUCAUGAAAGUGUUGAUUCAUAUGAAUAAGACUGGGUGGUUGCUUACGAGAGCUUAAAAUUAAAGGAAAAGUUCAAUUGGGUAAUCCCAAAAGUGGUCGUGGUCGCUUACCGCUGCAGUUGCUUACAAGAGCUUUUCAUUAUGAAGUUUAAUUUAGAGUUCAAAUGGGGUUUCACAAAGGUGGCUGUAACUAGAGCUGAUCACUUACAAGAAAAAUGCAGCUCUUUUCUUUUUAAAUUGUUUGGGCUAGUUUUGUCAUUAGUGUCAGCAAUUUCAGUGAUUUUUGUUUUUGUUACAGAGCGCACCAUUACAGAAAGGUUUUAUUCGUGGUUCAUCAAUUCUUAGUGGUUAUUAUGUCCAAAAAAAGGGUGAAGGAUUGUCUCUUACUUAUGUAUCUCAAGUGGAUUUAAAAGGUAAUGCAGCUUUAAUAUUGUUCAAGAUUGUUCUUAUUUUUCUUUACCUUCACCUUGGCAUAUCGUCCCUUAAUGAUAUGUACAGGUAUGAAUUUAAUGGCAGGGGUAUUUUGCAGAAUGCCGAAUGGUCGCCAAACGCUGAAUGACUCUGAAGUUUAGUGAUUAGAAUAGGAAACUGAGUGAAACAGGUGCCAUUUAGAGUCGUUAUACUGGGCAAACUGACCAGAAACUUAGUUCACUCAGUUUCCUAGCCGUAAUCGCUAAACUUCAGAGUCAGUUGGCAUUUGGUGGCCAGUCGACGUUCUACAAAAUACACUCCUGCCGUAAAUUGGAAGUAUUGCAUAUGAAGAAGAGAAAUGAAAAAAACCCUUUGUCAACAUUUAAGCAUGGAUUUUUGGGCCCUGCUUGAGUUGGUGCUUUAUCAUAACACCUUAGAUUCCUGAAACUUCAUCAUUCAGGUUAUGUAAAAUUUAAAUGUUAGUUAACUAAGUAUUUUAGUUUUUACUUUCAUGUCUCUUUAGGAAAUUUGCCAAAGUGGUUAGUCAAUCGAGCAUCUACAAAGAUUGCUCCGAAGGUACAUUGUAUUGAUCAUGUCUUGUACUUUUUGAUUUUGACCUAAUUUUAAUAUUUUUAUACAGUGAAACCCCGCCUUACGGCCACGUCGGUAAUAGGGUCACCUCGUUAUUACAGCCACUUUUUUUGGCCACCUGGCAAACACCGCCAUACAUUUUCUUCUAAAAAAACCCUCAUUAAUACAGCCAAUUUUCUUGGCCCAUUGGUGACUGUGUUAACGGGGUUGCACUGUACUAAGUUAAAGAAGCAUCAAUGAUAUAUUCAAUACCUCAAGCAGAGACUUCAAGUGGCCAGCCUGCUUGCCAUGUACAAAAUUUGUACAAUAAUGUACCUGAAUAGUGGUGGUUAGAGGUUGUCUUUUUUGGAGGUUGGGGUUUGAUUUUUCAUUCUUCUCUACAAUGUAUUAAUUAUAACAGGUGCAAAAGAUGUAAAUUGUACUUUAUUUUAACCCUCUUGCCCAUGGAAAUUUUGCCAUAAACACUGUUUGUGGCGCCAUGUUGAACCAUCACAAAUUUGGACAGAAAAACAAAAACAAACAAACAACCAAAUCUGCCCAAAACCUUGUGAGUGAGAAAUUGUAGGUGGGUAGGGACCCAUCGUCACAAAGAAUACAUGCAUAAGGCUGCUAGUUCAGCUGAGGGGAGAAAAAAGGAGAGAAAUGCGUGGCCUCAAAUGACAGCCUGUAUUUUCUGAGGUUUUUCAAAUGGAAUAGCAAAAACCAUUAAAAUUAAUUUUCUAGUAUUGAACUCAUGAUUUGUCCACUUAAAUGGUAGUUAAACUAGAGUUCUCCUUUUUUAAAUUUCCAGGUCAUAAAGAAUAUUCAUGAGGCUGCUCUUGAUUAUCAAGCAUGGAAGGCUGAACAUGCUCCUAGCUAUAAACCAUGGAUCUGGCCAGAGCAAAGCAUUCUUCCAAAGCUUCGUCGUGACGACGUUCAGUCUGUUAGUAGUGAAUCUCCAAGUGGAUCUGAUCAGGAAGAAGAGAUGGUGGGUGACCCUGCAAACUCUUCCAGUGAAGACAAUUUGGAUGAAAAUAUAAUGCUCUGA